UCAUGUGUGAUACCUCAACGCCUCUUGUUUUUGCAGGUAACUGAGCAUGCCAGUCAUCAGAGCCCUUAGUAAGGUGGCAAAGCAGGCCCUGCUGGCCCCUGCGUGUGGAUGUCAGCCUCUGACGGUGGCGAUACGCUACAUCGGCUUCUCCCCGCGCCAGGUCACCUCUGGAUCUGAUGCCAGCUUUCAUUCUGUGUCCUUCUCUGAAACCGACCACCCCAAAGUUCUCAUCACAGGUGGCCUCGGGCAACUAGGGGUUGGGCUUGCUAAACUAUUAAGGAAGCGAUUUGGAAAAAACAAUGUGAUCCUCUCAGAUAUCAGGAAACCACCAAGCAAUGUCUUUCACAGUGGCCCCUUUAUCUACUCUGACAUUCUGGACUACAAGAACUUGCGAGAGAUUGUAGUAAAUAACAGGAUCACCUGGUUAGUGCAUUACAGUGCUCUUUUAAGUGCUGUUGGGGAAGCUAAUGUGCCAUUGGCACGAGCAGUCAACAUCACAGGACUACACAACAUCCUAGACAUUGCAG